AACGUUCAAACGUCCUGAAGCUGAGUGAGCAGUAAGAUAUCAAACAUGCUCUUCUUUGUAAUAAAGUCUGUUCUGCACGAGGAUGUGACACAAACAGUACGUCACAGACAAACGUCAUCAUAGAACGUCUGAGUCAUGUUUGUCAGAUAUUUACUGUAUGAAACCUGACAAUGAUGAAAACAUGCUCAGCUCCUUGACAACAGAUCUACAGUCAGUUUGUUUCUGUGUGACAUCAAUAAAACACAUCACUGCUGUGUGGUUGAGGUGUGGGAUGUUCAGUUGUGCUGAAUGUAAGCGCUGUGAAACAAACAGGAAGUGACGUUUUAUUUUGAAACCAAAGGAAGGCGGAGCUCUGUGACAGCUGGUCAGGUGACUGCAGGGGGAGGUCACACUGUGACUGACAAGGCAGCAGAUGGACGGACGGACAGACGACAGGAGGAAUAAACAAGGUCGUCAUGGACACCGUCAGGACUCGUCUGACACAGUCUUCCUCAGUGGGCGUGGUCGAUGGCGAGGAGGGGGGAGGAGCUCCGAGCGUGGAGACGUUUGUGACAUCAGAGGCCGAGGAGGAGGCGUGGCCUAGCAGUGACAUCACAGCGUUGGUGCUGCGACAUCGCCAUGGUUACCGGAGAGCUGGCAUGUUCCUGUGUGUGUGUGGAGUCGUGGUCUUCACCACAGCGUUCUUAUUGGCCUACGCAGUGUUUGGUGGGCGGUACCACUGCUCCCGUGUGGGGGGGCCGGAGGAUGAGCAGCAUGGGGGCGGGGCUAAAGCACCUGCAGGCGGAGGGGCGGGGCUUUACCUGGGAGAGCUGAGGGUGAUGAUGAGGAGGCUGCUGCAGGAUGAAGACAUCCACAACACAGUCAGUCGGGUCAGCAGAGCGGGUCAUCCUCCAGGUUCCUCUGAGGGAACCUCUCUGGCCUCAGAAGUCCUCCGGCGCUUCAGGCAGCUGCAGAUGGAUCACACCUGGACGGAGUCGCUGUACGCCACGCUGCAGUUCCCCGACAGGUCUCAGAGGAGCGCUCUGUGGCUGGUGGACUCUGCAGGACUGAGCUCAGAACAGAUUCUGCUGAACCCGUCUGACUUCUGCCCGUACAGCGCCACAGGAAGUACCACGGGGGGCGUGGUCUACGCCAACUACGGCCGUCCGGAGGAUUUUAAUUGGCUGAAGAGCGCGGGCGUGUCUGUGAUUGGCUGUGUGGUGGUGAUGCGUGUCGGGGGCGGGGUCAGUUUCGCUGAGAAGGUGUGGUUGGCUGAGAGGAACGGGGUGGGCGGAGCUUUGAUCUACCCCGACCCCGCCGACCUGCCGCAGGACCCCCGACGGCUGGGACUGAACACACACACCGCCGUGUCCGAACACGUCCACCUGGGGUCAGGUGACCCCUUCACUCCCGGCUUUCCCUCCUUCAAUCACACUCAGUUCCCGCCCGUCCAGUCCUCGGGCCUGCCACUCAUCCCCGUCCUGCCAAUCAGUGCCACUGUAGCUGCCAAGCUGCUCAGCCAGCUGUCAGGUCCGUCCUGUCCUCCGUCCUGGCGGGUUCGGCUGCCGUACGUACGCUGCGUGGUCGGUCCAGAGUUCAGCUCCGGACGCAGAGUCCAGAUGUCGGUCCACAACGUGAUGACGCCGGUUCUGCUCAACAACAUCUUCUCGUCUGUGGAGGGCCGGGUCGAGCCAGACCAGUACAUCAUCCUGGGAGCCCAGAGGGACUCGCUGGGUCCAGGAGCCGUGAAGUCUGGAGUGGGAACAGCGAUCCUGCUGGAGCUGGCCCGAACCUUCUCCACCAUGGUGAAGAACGGUUUCAGUCCCAGACGCAGUUUGCUGUUUGUCAGCUGGGACGCCGGAGACUUCGGGAACGUCGGAGCCACGGAGUGGCUGGAGGGUUACCUGUCCAUGCUCCACCUGAAGGCUGUGGCCUAUUUCAGUCUGGACCAGGCUGUCAUGGGUGAUGAUGUCCUGUCUGCCUACACCAGUCCUCUGCUGGUCGACCUGCUGGACGCUGCCAUCAGACAGGUGGAGCAUCCCAAACAUGCAGGUCAGACCAUCUACAGCCAGGCGGAGAGAGACGGAGGCAGCUGGAGGAUCAUGAAGCCUCUGCACCUGAACAGCGGCGCGUACAGCUUCACAGCGUUCGCAGGAGUCCCAGCGGUGGAGCUCCGGUUCACUGAGGAGCGAGCGUACCCGUUCGUCAACACGCCGCUGGACAGCGCGUCCCGCCUACAGGAAGUGCUGGGAGGUCGUCUGGGGGUCACGGGGCGGAGCUUAGGGGAGCUGGUGGGAGAGAUGGUGCUGCGAUUGGCCCACGACCACAUCCUGCCGCUACGCAUCACUUCCUACGCUCAGACAGUGCUGCAGUUCAGCGCCCAGCUCAACAAACACUCUGCAGAGCUGCAGUCCAGAGGUUUGUCUCCUCACUGGGUCUUCAGCGCCAGAGGAGACUACAGCCGAGCAGCAGAGACGCUGCAGAGAGCCAUCGACUACAGCGACCUGCACGACCCGACCACGGAUCGCUUCUACAACACUCGAAUCAUGAGGGUGGAAUACUACUUCCUGUCUCAGUACGUGUCGGUGGUGGAGACGCCGUUUCGUCACGUGAUCCAUGGCCGCGGCGACCACACUCUGAGCGCGCUCACUGAGCACCUGGCCUUGCUGACCUCUGACCCUGAACGCUUCGAUGAAAAGCGCUUCAGACGGCAGCUCGCCUUUUUCACCUGGACGCUGCAGGGAGCCGCCAACGCGCUGAACGGAGACGUGUGGAGCAUACAGAACACACACACAUACACACAGUGACACACACUGUCUUCACUGUGUACUUGUACUUCAUUUCCCACUGUACACAGUACUUCACCAUCAGCUGGCUGCUAUGUCUAUGAUGUAAUCAGAACAAAUACUCGAGUACUACACUCUGAGUACACACUGAUCACACACAUGAAGCAAAACUGAAGCAUUGAAACAUGAAACAUUGAAACAUGAAGCAUUGAAACAUGAAGCAUUAAAACAUGAAACAUUGAAACAUGAAACAUUAAAACAUGAAACAUUAAAACAUGAAACAUGAAGCAUUGAAACAUGAAGCAUUAAAACAUGAAACAUUGAAACUUGAAGCGUUGAAACAUGAAGCAUUAAAACAUGAAACAUUGAAACAUGA